GUGACACGUUCACCAUGCUGCAAGUAGGAGGUUGAAAGCUAGGAAAAAUAGGCUUGCUUUGUCAUGGUUACUAAGCUGGUGGUGGAAGAAGCAACCAGCAAGGUGUAAUGUUGUGAAGCAAUCUUGAUAUUGCUUAGUCACCUAAAUUGCUGAUGUAUCACAAGCUGGAGGUGGAUCAAGAAGCAUGAGGUGCAACACGCAUAGAAAAUGGGAGAAUUUAGAACCAACUUCUAACAUAAGGUUCUGAAGAAAUUAAAAGUUUGAAUAGGUUAUGGACAUCACCAGGCUCACACAGGUCAGAGUGUGCCUCAAGACCAUGCAUAUAUCACUUACAAAGUUAUUUUCUCAACAGCAAAAUCUAGCCAUUUAUUAAGCAUAUAACUCAUUUUGUUGUUUGGUAUGCUCGUCCGGCUGAAUGAGAGCAUGCGCGUGAUCCCCCAAUGGUUAAGGUGGUUAUUGAUGCUGCAAGAGUUGACUAUGAUGUCUUUGCUGUGGCGCUUGAGACUAUGGCAAUUAAUGGAUGUCGUGUUGAUAGGGGGGAUUUGCGUUUUUUGCAUUUUUUUUUUCCGUUGUUUACAUUGGCAGGAUUGUUGUUGUCUUGUUGUCCUACCAUAUUUUAUUUCAUUUUUUCUCUCUUUGUUGACAUCUACUACAUCUUAAAAGAGAGACAUAAAAUCACUAUUCAUAAGAGAACUUUCAAUCUGGGCCAUUGAUUUGACUCUCUCCAUUUUCACUCUUUAAUCAUGGCCCUUCAUCUAUGAGACUUUUUCCCCUCUAUUCUACUCGAGCUCCUGUAUUUUGCUGACAUCAUAGAACGCGUUGAUGGAGUAUGCGAUGAAGGAGAGGAGUGUGUCCAUGGUUUGAUUUCGUGGGUAAUCGUCAUCUCUCUGUAGCCUAUCACACGUCGUCUCUUCUCCCUUUCAGCCGACGUCUGCACAGCACAUGAGGAAGAAGGAGCAGAAGAGUUGUUGAUGAAAUUAUCAACUUCUUUUGUAGAUUAGACAAUGGAGGAAGGAGAAAGCAAGGAGAAGGACAAGAGAUGAUGAUGGAAAGUACGAAAAUUUCAGAAUCAGAUUCAGAGGGAGAAGAGAAGAUGGUGUGAAUGGUUAGGUGAGGCAACUCAGAUGACAUGAUAGAUCAUCCCGAUUUUGGAAGGAAGAGUGAAGAAGAGGGAAAGAAGGGCUGUUGUCAGAUGAGGAUCAGUAGCAACAGAGAAGAUGAUGCACUAUUUUGUCAUCGUUGUAUCACAUCAGGUAUGAGAAAGGAGGUUCAACUCAUAGAAGCAGCAAAGCAGAAUGUGGAUACUGAGGUAGAGCAAACCGCUGCUACUGGAGGAACUGGAGAAGUUGAAGCAACAGGGAAUAAUUUGAAGAGUAAAUCUUCCAAUUCAUCCUCUGACCAAGACUUGGAUUCAUUUCUUCUUGGAGAUCUUGAAGACAAUGAUGGAGGUCCAGGUAUAUUACUCACAAUUUGUUUAGAUUUCAAUACAGAAACAUGCAUUUUAACAUGCCAUUUUGAAAUUUGUAUGUUGAAUCAGUAACUAAAAUUCUGCUCAUUCUGUGGGAAUUAUGUGCAAAAGCAUGGACACUUACCAUUCUUAAGAUUCCUGACAAGAGUGUAAGAUCAAGUUUUGAUCUAGUAGUACAACUCUAUGUUUUGAUGAUUACAAGUUAACCUUUUGAUAUGAGCAAUUGUG